AUGCUGUAUAUCCGCCCUGCCACACAUGCCGGCUCGUGGUACUCAAACAAUCCUACCAAGUUGGGGUUGCAGUUAGAAGCCUACUUUCACAAGGCUGAAUCACAUAGCGGAGAAGACUCCAGACACAUAAUACCUGGUGCACGAAUCUUAAUAGGUCCCCAUGCUGGCUUUGCCUAUUCUGGUGAACGUUUGGCUGAAACUUUUACUGUAUGGGACACUUCUAAAGUAAAGAGAAUCUUCAUGUUGGGACCUUCUCAUCAUGUUUAUUUCAAGAAUUCGGUGAUGGUGUCGCAGUUUGAAUGGUACGAAACUCCGUUCGGUAAUAUUCCCGUAGACACCGAAACGAUCGAGAAGUUGCUCCACACCAAGCCGCAGUCACAUGGCCACUCUCUUACACAUGCAAAAGAUUCUGUGUUCAAGUACAUGAGUGAAGAGAUGGAUGAAGACGAACAUUCGUUUGAAAUGCACGCGCCUUUUAUCUACCAAAAGACCCACGAUUUGCCCCAGGGCAUUCCCAAGAUCAUUCCCAUACUUAUCAGUGGAAUGGAUGAGAAGUUGAACGAUGAGGUGGUGUCGGCUUUGUUGCCCUAUCUCGAAAAUGAAGAGAACCACUUCAUCAUCAGUCUGGACUUCUGCCACUGGGGCUCUCGUUUCGGAUACACCAAAUAUGUUCCUCAGAAGGUCGACUCCCUUCAGCUCCUCACCGAAAACUUAUCGAGCUUGGGCCAUUCAUUGAGAACCAAACCCAACGAAUUACCCAUAUAUAAGUCAAUAGAGGUGUUGGAUAAAGCUGCGAUGGAAAUUGCUUCACUGGGAAGCUAUUCUGACUGGAAAACCUACAUUUCUCAAACAGGAAACACUAUCUGUGGCCAGAAGCCCAUCGCAGUGGUGUUGAAGUUGAUUCAAAAGUAUAGAUUGGCUGCCGGUGAUACAGAUAAGGCAGCCAUCUUUAAGUGGAUAGGCUAUUCUCAGAGUAACCAAGCACGUAGGGCUUCGGAUUCGAGUGUCUCAUAUGCUUCUGGUUAUGUUACGAUUUGA